CCCGUCAUGGCAGUCCAGCGGAGCCAGAUUUUUCGAAAUUGCCGCAGGGAAAGAACGUCCGACGGCCGGGAGGACAUGGACAGCAGCUGCACGGGAGGACAUCAACUCUAAUGCCUUCUUCUUCCCGACGGCGCAGCAAGGCCGGGCUCAUCAUGGGCGGUGGUCAUCACCAUCAGCAAAGACGGGCUAGUACUUUUCAUCAGGAUAAUGAUGUUCAGUCUACUUUUCAUCUCCCCGGUGCGGAGAAGCGGCCGACGGUGGAGACGGUGCUGGUGAUGCUCGAGGAGUUCGUGAACACGCGCGCCAGCCUGGAACUCCAGGCGUUGUUGAUGCAGGCAGCCCGGAAUGCGAAUGACUGCUGCACGGUCGCGGCCGAACUCUACGUGUGGUCAGUGCACCGCCGCGUGUGCCUUGUGCUAGAUCAGUUGACCUCAAGAUUGCAAGUCACGUGUAACGCGGCGGUGAGUGGCGGGAAAAAUCCGAGUGCUGCUGCUGGGAAAACUUGCGCAAGUAAUGUUAAAUCAGCAGGAGCUUCUGUACAACAACCUCCCGCCAGGAGUCCGACUGGAGGGACCACGAGUUGUACUUCUAUGGCAGGAACGCUGUCCGAUUUCGGCCCCAUGCCUUCGAUCACGAUCACCUCCGUUAGUGGCGCAACGUCAUCAUACACGGAUAUUGGCACGAAGAACGCAGUUGCCUCCAGCAAAGGAGGAUCCUCCACCACGACGUUGAGUCAGCUCGCGAGCAAAAACUUCCACGGAUGCGUGCACGCGAUCACGCUGCUCGGCAGGUUCGUGCAGAAUUACGGA